GACAUCUUUUAAUCCUUGCUACUUGGUACACAGGUUUAAAGAUCACAGUCAAAAGUAAUCAUGGAACAGGAGAAUGCUAAAUUUAGAACAUUUGAGGUUCAAGGUUAUGCAGCAUUAAAAACUGUUCUCAAUGAAAUAGAUUCAGGUCAUAUAUUUGUCCUGUUUAGUGGAUCCAAUGAUGAGAAUGGUCAAAGCUGGUGUCCUGACUGUGUGGAAGCAGAACCAGUGAUAGACCGUAACCUUCACUUGUUGUCCAACAAUGCCGUCAUCAUACGUUGUAGUGUUGGCGACAGAUUGUACUGGAGUAACCCAUCCAAUGAGUUUAGAAAAGAUCCAGAGUUGAACUUGCGCUACAUACCCACACUCAUCAAAAUUGGAACACCCAAGAAGCUUGAAGAGAAGCAGUGUCUGAGUGAAGAUUUGGUCCAGAUGAUGUUCGAGGAAGACGAGGAGGAGCCCGUCAAAUUGAUACCACCCCCCUCACUCACUACCUUUGGCUACACACCACAAGAAAAUGUUCAGUAAACUCCCACUCACAAAAAAUAAAACAAGUACAAGUGU